AUCCUCAUUAUUUUCUCUCUCUUCCAACCAAAAAAAAAAAAGCCUUUUUUGCUCCCUCUCAACUAAAUCACCAAAAACCUCAGAUUUUCCCUCUGAUCCAUGUCAACUACACCGAGGAAAACCUCCGCUAUGAACAGAGCCGAUCGACGUCAGCCCAGCCGACUUCAACGGCGUGCUCCGGCUUCCCUACAGAUUUGUCCGGUUUCGAGCUGGAACGUUGCGAUCCCUCUCUUAUCACCGCUGGCUUCUUCGCCUCCCUCGAUUGAUCGUAGGACGACUGAGAAAAGGGUAGAGCCACCGCGUCAAGAACACCAGCGGCAAAGCCAAGCAACGGAGCCUGAGAAGCUUGUGUUUAAGAUGUGGCAGCAUCCAGCGGCGCCAUUUUGUUACGAGCCGACGCCGUUAGUGCCGUCGUUUGUGCCGGUUUAGAUGUAGAGAAAGAAGAAGUAAAAGUUGUUGGAUCUAACGGCUUGCGUUGAACAUGUUUCUGUUCAACGACCAAGUCACUAAUUUUAUGAAAUUACAGAAAUGUCCAUCAAUAUGUUCAUAUUAUUAUACUUUUAAAUACAGUCUUACAAUUCCAAUUUAUUUCA